AGAAUAUUCGACUGACACACCGUUACCUGCUUACUUGUAGUGCGGAAAAGAAAUUUCAUAUGCAUAUGCAUAGCUAUAGGGAGUGAUGGAGAUAACGCCGAAGAGGUACUGGAGGAGGUGGAGAGGAUACGAGAAGCUUGAUGGGUCAUCGGAGACGACUUCGGGUCGAAGGAAAGGCAAAAGGGUCAAAAUGGAUCCGACUCGCAAGAAACGUUUUUGGAGGAUCAAGAUUGUGCCGAAACUGAGGAUCCUUAAAACGGCGUCGCCGAAGAAGUUCUUGGUGUGGCUACGUGAUUCAUAUGUUAAGAUGAUGAUGCGGUUGGCUAACUCACGGGUUGUUGGAUCUUCUGGAUACGGUGGAUCCGGAUUCGGGUCAGGUCAGAUGAAGGAGUACGAUGAGAAAAUGCUUGUGGAGAUUUACAAGUCGAUACUGAUGGUGCAGGCGCAGGGGAAUCUCGUGCACCGCGACACACCUAAUAAUAAUCUUAAGCUUCCUUCAGAACCAGCGGUUGUCUCUGUCGUAUCUUCUGUUGUUACUUGUUAGGUAAUAAAGAACAAACAAUUAUCCUUUCUUCUUUACGAUAAAUUUCCAAUGUUGAGAAUCAAAAUUGUUGACUUGCUUGAUACUAUUUCGAGAUUGAUGAUAGGCAAAGUUUGUGAUUUUGAUUUGUAUCAAAUUUAUAUAUAUAUAAAAAUAGUACAAGAAAGAAAGAAAGAAAUAAUAGAUGGUGGAUUGUGGGUC